CGCUUUCCUCGGAAGCUUAAAAUAGAUUCUGACGUCAAGGCGCGGUGCACUAUGGGAUCGAGACUCGGACAAGCAAAUCAGUAUCGCUAGUGGCCUAAGCUAUCAUCAAUAGCAGAACAAUGAGUAAAAAGUCGACAACGAAGCAUUGUUGCUGGGGGAUAUGUAAAAGCGACUCUAGGUAUCCAGAUCGAAUGCCAGAUGGUACAGUUUUUUUACCAUUUUCAAAGCCAGGAAGACACCGCGAAGGAAUGACAAAGUGGGAGCUGGAGCAAGCCAAGAUAAAAACAGAGCGUGCGAAGCGCUGGUUGCAUGCUUGUGGAAGGAAGGACUUUUCUAAAUUGGAACAGAUAACGAAAGAUACAUAUAUAUGUUCUCUCCACUUUUUCAACGGCCAGGGUCCAACAGAGGAAAACCCAGACCCAGUUCUUGCAACAUUAACAGAAAAGGAAGCAGAAGGCAGGAUGAAGAGAAGGAGACACCCAAAAGAUCGCAGUAUUGACGCAAACAACACGGCGUCAAAAAAGGCCAAAGAAAGCAUGGAGGAAAUAUCAGCAUAUGAAGUGGAAGCACUUGCAACAGGGUCAAACCAGUCGAUUGAGGUGGCGAGUAUUAAAUCAAUAGAAAAAUCAGAUGCUUCCACUCAAACCAUUUACGACAAGUAUAUGCUUGGAGCGAAAAUCGAAACAGUUAUUCUAAGAAAUGAUGCAAAGACUCAGUCUAAUUUUAUCGCGAAAGACAUGAAAGAUGCAGGCACAAUGAAUAAUUUAAAUCUAAUGUCCCCAAAUGUAAUAUUGGCUGACAGAAAGAAGUCUAAAUUUUUUAUAGGCCUUUAUCCUGAUCAGUUUGAGGUGCUCUUUAAGUUUUUGGGUCCUGCUAAAUAUCAACUGACAUAUUGGCGCUUCUCACAGGAGAAAAAGGACAACCCAUACAAAUGCAAAUCCACAAGAAGCCGAAAGUUUAAUGAAAAAGAGGAAUUAUUUUUGACGUUACUUAAGCUGAGAAGAGGCUUUACCCACCAGACAAUUGCAUAUAUGUAUGAUGUUUCAGUCAGUUUGGUCAGUAGCAUAUUCACUACAUGGAUCCAGUUCAUAUAUCUGCAUUUUAAAGAGCUGAAUUACCUCAUGUUUCCAGCAAGAGAUAUUUUAAAGGAGUCUUUGCCUGCUGCUUUCAAAAGCUUUAAGAACGUAAGAUGCUCAAUCGACUGUACAGAGUUCUUCUGCCAGACACCACGGGACUAUGCCAAACAGGGAAAUCUAUAUUCCUCAUACAAACACCACACUACCUUCAAAGCGUUGAUUGCAGUGACCCCCAAUGGGAGUGCAUGUUUUGUGUCUGAUCUCUAUGAAGGAAGCCUUGAUGAUGUUGCCAUUACUCAAAGAUGUGGGAUCUUAGAUUACAUUGAGCCUGGAGACCUUCUGUUAGUAGAUAAAGGUUUCAGAAUUCAAGAUCUUGUGCAUGAAAAACAAGCCACAAUCAAAAUACCACCAUUUUUAGGAAAUAGGUCAAAGUUAACGGCAGAGGAGGAGAUAGAAACAAAACGGAUUGCUAAAGCACGUAUUCACAUUGAACGAUUCAAUGAAAGAUUAAAGAAGUUCAUGGCUAUUGGAAGGACAAUUCCACUGUCAUUAACGCCAUUAGCUUCUCAAAUGGUCUAUGUUGCUGCUUGUUUAGUAAAUUUUCAAGAGCCUUUGUGUAGAUAG